AUGUUUAUACAUAAGGGUGAUGACUCAACGAUAACGCUAGUGGGCGUCUACGUGGACGACCUGUUGGUGAGUGCUAAGAUGGUCUGCAACGUGAGCAAGUUCUUUAGUGACAUGAAGGUACUCAAGGCGAAGGACCUAGGUGAAAUGUUUAAGCUAUUGGGACGUAUACCGAGAAUGUUGGGUACAUUUUGGAGCAAACUGAAUGCAUUCGCGCUGGGGGAUUCUGCGCGUAUGCUUAUCGGUGAAGAACAAAAACGUCGAAGAUGA